UGUGUGUGUGUGUGUGCGUGUGUGUGUGUUGGCCGCCGAGUGAGCCAGACGCGGGCUCAGUAUGAGACAGCCCCUCUGUUGGGACGCACGGCCAUGACGUUCUCUGUGUCCUGCUAGUUCGGCCCGUCUGGGUAAUGUGUCACGUCCCUGCCACCAGGAGUACCUCACGUCGCCCCGUUGUGCCCAGGGUCAGCCCUUCGCCCCGGCGCUGUUCCCGCCCUCACGCCCUAUUAGUGACCUCGGUGUGAAGUUUGCGGUGCUAAGUCCAGCGUGUCUAGUGAGUGUGCAGCCAACAGUGCAGUGAAUGUUGUCCGAGAGUCGCGGCGCCAUGUCAUCCUACAGGAGCCAGCGUCAGCACUGCUACCUGUGCGACCUGCCUCGCAUGCCCUGGGCCAUGCUGCACGACUUCUCGGAGGCCGUGUGUCGCGGCUGUGUGAACUACGAGGGCGCGGACAGGAUCGACCUCGUGAUCGAGACUGCCCGCCAGAUGAAGCGGGCCCACGGCAUCAAUGAGAGCCGUCAGGGGCCCGCUAAGAGUCACCCCCGCGUGCCCAUGGAGGCCCAGAACGGAGCCCACCACAUCAAAUUGGAGGGUGGCAUCAAAAUGGAGCCCGGGUCACACUCACAAUCCAGCUCCCACUCCCACGGCCACCCUCACGGCCACCCGACGGCCCUGCCGCCGCCCGGCGCCCCCGUGCCCUUUGUGUCAGGGGACGUCCGCCAGCGAGCCCCACACAUGCUGGCCUUCCCCGCCGGACUGCCCCACCGCGAGGACCCUCACGCACCCUCCUUGGUGAGGCCGCCCGCCCAUCUCACCAGCCAUCCUGCAUCACACCCCGCCCCUGCCGCCUCCACACUCCCGCCCGCCAGGAGCUCCGGGCUCCUCGUCGUCACAGGCUCAGAAGAGGUCCUUCGAGAGAGAGACGCCCAGAGCCCCAGUGAAGGCAAUGUGUCCAAGCGAGCCAUGCUGGAGGAGGGCCACCGGCCGCCCCUCACGCGAGGGGAGUCCCUGCCAGCCGCCCCAGUGGGCCCCAACACCAAGCACCACCCCGUCCGAGUCUGGUCCUUCGACGGGUCGUCAAAACCUCCGCCUGGUUAUGAGAUAGCGGCCCACAUCCGCCUCUCCCUGCUAGGCUUGGGUACGGGGGCACACCGACCCGGCGGCGGCGCGGCAGUCGGCACCAAGCUGAAGGCCUCCUCGGGGUGUGGGGAGGGUGCGAGCCUCCAGCGGGCCGCCGUCCGGGCCAGCAGCAGCAGCAGCCCGUGCGCCUUGCGGUCCGCCCCUGCCCGCCAGCAGCACCCUGACGCAGAGGGCCAGUCCAGUGGUUACCCCGGCCUGCCCGUGAGUGCCGCCGCGGUGGUGGCGGCGGCGGCGCAGCAACAAGCACAGGCCGCAGCCAGCAGCCAGAGCCAGCAGGGGUCCUCCCAAGGGCCUGCUGCGAGCUCCUCCCCGGAGGGACCCAACUCCUCCACCAACGGGCCGUCCCCCAUGGCCGCCCUCCAGAGUGUGACAGACAACCUCCCGCCGGGAUCCCCUCUCAGCCACUCCUCCGCCUCCCCCCAGCAGCGCUCAGCCUCUAGGAAUUCAUCCCAGCUGUCCCCCAGCUCAGGUGAACCGCGGAGGAGAGCGUCUGCCGGGCGGCAUGGCGACUCCAGUGGCGACAGCAGCCCCGGAGCCCAGAGCGGCGGUUCCAGCGGCGGCGGCGACGGUCCGCAGCCGAGUAACAACCUGAAGUGCACCAUUUGUACGGAGCGGCUGGAGGACACCCACUUCGUGCAGUGUCCCUCCGUCCUCCACCACAAGUUCUGCUUCCCCUGCUCCAGAGAGUCCAUCAAGCGGCAGGGCGCAGGCACCGAGGUGUACUGUCCCAGCGGCGAGCGGUGUCCCCUGGCCGGGUCGUCGGUGCCGUGGGCCUUCAUGCAGGGCGAGAUCGCCACCAUCCUGGGCACGGCCAACAUCCUGCCACAGCACGCCCAGGACGAGGCCAAGACCAAGAAGGAGCGCGACACAUAGGCUGCGCCACGCCAAGCUCCUCUGGUUUUAGUUAAAAGGUCACCAGCGAUGCAUAGCUGGUGACUUUUUUGGGCGCUGCUCCACGUGUUAGCGUGGGCGUGGCGGUGCCGCAAGAGUAUGUCCAAAUGGUGCUGGAUCCGGUCCUUGCCAUGACUCUGUCCGCUGGUGGUGGUGAAGGUGGCGGUGGUGAUGGAGUGGUGGGGACGUAGUGGGGCUCCUACGGAACCCUAGGGCCCCACCACCAACUGUGUGUCGGGCCCGGCCUGUGGCCGCCCACCAAGGGAGGGGCAGAGUCAGCUAGUCCAGGAAGUCUACUUUAGUGACUGUUAACCAUUUGUGCGAACAUUCGAAGCAACAGUGAGUUGGGCCGCCCUUAGCGGUCUGUCAAGUCUCCUGCUGCGUCAGGAGUGAAGAUUUUCUGCCGCAACGCCGGCGGGAGGCGGCGGUGAUCCGCCGCCACCCUGGACCACCGGCGGUGGAGGCCCUCGGCCAGAGCAUUUGGGAGUGACCUUUUGUAGGCCCGGGGAGAGAUGAGCAGGGCGAGCAGCGGCGCCCGCCCGCUGGAGACACUCGCCCUGCUUUCCGGGUCACUUGGCGCCAACAGCUGCGCCCCAGCAGGCCUCGGCCUGGCCAAGCUCUGGCCGCAGCUGUCCGAUGUCGCCGUCGUCGGCUGGUGCCGUCGACUCAAGACGUCGUCCCACACUUGGUCCAUUUUCUUGUGCUGAUUUCUUGACAGUUUUAUCUUCAAAGUUGGGCAGAAUUGUUAUUGUAAUCUCUUAGACUGUACAUAUUUCAUCAUUGACACUGACAGACACACACAGGUGUGCACAGACGCAGGCGUACACAUACGUACACACACACAUACAUGAGCUGUACUCUCACACACCGCUCCCAGACCGUGUGACGUCGGCAAUGACCAAAGGCUUACCUUGUACAUUGAUUGAUAGGAAUAUAUUACUUUAGUGUAAUGUGAUAACACACUUAGCCUACUAGUCAUUUAUGAUACUGGGUAAUUUUGGUACAGUAUCACGAUUUGGAACUCCGUACUCGCUUUUGUAGAUUUAUAAAUGUUCCAAAUAUUCUCUUUACGGCAUCUGUCAGAUCUUCUCCACCAGACUAACACCGACCUUGGUUCACCAAAAACAAACUCCGAUUAACACGCAGGUCAACUUCCUUCUCGUCCGCCAUGGCCCGAGGGAACCCAAAACAGUUUUGAAGUUUUGCGUUGUCAGUGUUUCCACCCGCGUGUAGAGUAGAGGUCCGGGUGUGUGUGUCCCGCCACGCCGCGGCUCGCCUCGCGCGGGGUUCCUGGCACUCCCUGGCACACGUUAGGCUCUCUGGCAGUGUGGUUGUUGUUUGGACCAGCCUGCUGUGGGAUGCGAACUGAUGCGAACUGCCUCCUCGCCUGCUUCCACACGUCAAUCUUAUUCAGUAGAUCUGGGUGACGGUACAACAGUGGGAGGCAGGGAGGAGGGGCGCUUGUUGCCGCGUCCCACGUUAAGUCAGGCUGAGUCAGAUAGAUUAGUAACCUUGAGGGACGUCCUCGAAGCCGGUGCUUCGUGAGAGAGAGAGAGAGAGAGAGAGAGAGAGAGAGAGAGAGAGAGAGAGAGAGAGAGAGAGAGAGAGAGAGAGAGAGAGAGAGAGGCUAGCCGGCUGUAGGUGGGCGUCCCUUCCUUUUGUUCUCAGUAGUGGUCAUGUUGACGCUCCAGCCAACCCUUAGCGAUUUUUUGACACUUUAGGAGGCGCGUCUUGCCCCGGCAGCGCGCGAGCCCCCGUCAGGAGCGGAGGACUUUUAGACAAACAAAAUAUUUCACUCUCGGCAUGGAGCUUUUUGGAGAAGUUGCCAGAGUCUGUUUUAAGGUGCCAGAGAGCCCCGUUCGAGGCCCGCCCUUUCUCUGGUGCCGGCGAAGGGUGCGGGAGCUGUCAGAUGAGGGGCCCGCGGAGGGAGAGGCUCGCUGCAUGCCAACACUACCCACAAAGCACGUGGUAGGGGAGUACUGAACGUGGACCGUGUAACGCGUCCCGGCUCACCCCGCUCACCGGUGACGGGAAAUGAAUCGUGUGUGUGUGUGUGUGUGUGCGUGUGGUGCGCGCUGUCUGGGUGCGAAGAGAGAGAGAGAGAGAGAGAGAGAGAGAGAGAGAGAGAGAGAGAGAGAGAGAGAGAGAGAGAGAGAGAGAGAGAGAGAAUAUAUGCGUCACUACAUCUGGUGUUCACGUUAAGAAAGGAUUAUGUUUUGACCUUGAGAGCAUCAUGAGCCGUGCAGGUCAGCGGAGGUCACGCGCACCACUUAUUGUCUAAUCGGUUAUGACCUUCGUGUGGCGUCAGCGUUUCUUUGUCCUCUCUGCCACGACAUGAUGUUGUAACUUGUGGUGCGGAGUGUUGAGACUUGUGCCUCCAAGACAGGCGCGGCCACGGUGCUCCAAUGUGUGUGUGUUUCUGUGUGUGUGUGUGUGUGUGUGUGUGUGUGUGUGUGUGUGUGUGUGUGUGUGUGUGUGUGUGUUAGCGCGCGCGCACGCGUUCGCGUACUCGUGAGUGGGUGGGUGUGUUUUACAGAGGAUGUGCUCAUCAGGACAGCCCCCAACCCCUCCUCCCGGCCCAUACUAUAUUUAGCUUUCCCAGCAACAGCGUGACCCUUCAGGCAACAGCAACAACAUCACCUCCUCGGAGAAACACUGCUGGCUCGGUGUCUAGCCGCCCGUCACCUGCUGCCGCCUCCGCUGCUUAUCGUGUCCGUCAGCCGCUUGUCCGUGUCACCCGCCGUUGGCCUGUUUUCACUUCGUCAUGUCCUUGAUCCGUUGCCGCGUCGCGUCCGCGGCUGCCCUGCUCGUCUGUUGCCCUAGCACGCGUGAGCCCCGCCCCGCCGCCCCGCCGCCCCGGCCCGCUGGUCGGCGCCGCCCGGCACCGGCCGCCCCGCGCGCCCUCCGCCGGUUUUGUUGUUUUUGUUUUAGCGGCGCGGGGCGGGGCGAGGGCCGUGCCGGGGCGCCGCCCCGCGGGGCCGCAGCGGCCUCACUGUGUCAGGAGCGUCGCUCAGGUUUUCUUUCUUGUUGUCUUUGUUGCCUCGCGGCAUUUUGUUGUAAGUAUUAAUGCUGAACGUGUUACUACUUGAACUACUCCUUCAAAGGUACAAAUGAAGUAGCUCGACGUAUUUUUGUAGAAGGGCUUUGUAACAUAAUGACCACCGGAGGCGCGGGGGCGCCGCCACCCCUCCAGGCAUGAACACGACCUUAUUGUCCAUUAAUGUUGAAGCGGCGCAUUUGCCCGGUUUUGUUAAAUGAGUUGGCGUCCAGUUGAGGGAAUACGAAGGACAAGUUUUGAGCGAGUGACCCCAAAACGCUCCUGCCCCGCCUUGCCCCGCACGGCGCAGUCCCCGGGAGCCAGGUCGGUGCCGCCCCCGGGCCACUUUUCGACCGCCGCUGCCGCCAGGAAGGCCGUUGGUCACGGCCACGAGCAACACUGGUCACGACCCUUCAGGCCCCACACAGAGGUCACUGUCCUCUCCUUCAGGCCUCAGCAGCGGCGGCCAGCACAGGGGCCGCAGCCCCACCGGACCGUCCUGCACCGACCACCCACAGGGGCGCUGAUCCGGGGCGGGGCGGGGCGCGGGCGACGCGGGGCGAGAGGGAGGCGGGUGUGGCAGGGACGGAGACGCCCGCCGGGGACACAUCGACCUAAGCUGUACAGUACUUUAGGCUGCCCGUUCAUGUAUGGGGUCAUACAUAUUGGUUUAUGUAUGAUUUUGAUGUACCUGCUUUUAAAUAUAUGAAUAUAAAUAUAAAUAUAAAUAUAUUAUAUAUAUACAAAUGUUGCCGCUGAGCGACCUUUAAUACCUGUUCAUAUGGAUGUUGUUGGUCUCUUCUCAUUGUAAAGGGUGUACAGUGAACACAAGCAUAGCAUAUAUAAAGAUUCUAUUACGUUCCGCAGCCACUCUCACUGCUGCUGGGUGAGUGUCGCCCCGGCCGCCAGCAAGGCCCUGCGUGCCAUACCCGGAGCGCACCCAGUCCACCCUCCCAGUAAUAAACUUAUUGACAACUUCA